AUGGAGCUAGCAGAUUCAUCUUCUGCCAUCUCUGAGCAGCAGCUGCAGGGGCAAGAGAGACUAAGCAACACCAAGACAGAUUUGGCCGGGCAGAGUCUCAUCUCAUCUGAGGAAUGGCUUCAACUACAUGGGCUUAAGAGCAAAAAAUUGACCUUGAAACAGAUUUUGUCACAGAUUGGAUUCCCACAUUGUGAAGAUUACGUGACUUCUCUGGGGAGACUCGUGGCUUCCCGGUAUGCAGAUGGCCUGUUUCCACAGUUCUACAGACCCGAAGAUGGCAGAGUAUACAAUUUGACAGCUAAGUCAGAACUGAUCUAUCAGUUUGUGGAAUAUUUAACACAAGCUGUGGAGAGCUACAAGCAGCGGAUGGACUGGCUCACCAGCAGAAGCCGCCAGAUUUUUGGUGUCAUCUUGGAACAGUGCAUCACCAUAGUGCUGGAUUUUGGCAGCAUGCGGGAGGAGGAGCUUAAUCUGUGCCAAGAUGCUCUAAUAAUGGUCCUCCAGGAGCAGGUGGCUCACAUAGCCAAGUUUAAUAUCAUAUGGGUUUCUCAGGAGCCUGUGAAAUGGCAGGAAAAUGCUGCUCCUGUGACAGGACAGUCCAUAGCUGCUGCCAUCAGUUGGGUUGAAAAACUGCCUUUUGAGCUGGCUGUGAGCCAUGCUAGCCGCCUGGACGCACUGCUGGAAGCUGGGCAAGACAAAACGGUGGAAUCCAUUUACUACUUUGUGGUGGGAGACAUUCCUGAGCAAACCAAGGAGCUUCUCCUUCAGAAGGCUUUGGAGAUCCCAUGUCCUGUCUGCACAGUGUCUUUCAAUGCCAGAGGAGAAGGCACUAUAGCGUUCUUAAAGGAUCUGAGUGCCAAGACCCACAGCAGAUUCCAUGCCUUUGCAGAGAGAACAGAGUGUGUGGAAUUUCCUGCAUCUGCCUUAAAGGAUGGUGACAGUGUAAAUACUUGGAAUUCAAGGAAACUGAAAGGAAAACCCCCUCCAGGAGCUGGGGUCAGAGAGGACGUGUUUCUCAUCUGGAAGGAGAUGGAGGAAGCAUGCAGCAUUCUGACUCAGAUCCAGAGGCUGGUUGCUGAGCCGCCCAAGUCUGACGUGGCCACACUAGACAGUGAAUCAGGAGCAACCUCUGUAGAGAAUGAAUCAAAUCCAGAGAACACCUGGGACUCCAAGAAGUGGCUACAGAAAUAUGGCUUGAAAGCCCAGGGGCUGUCCUUUUAUGACGUCCUUGCUGACUGCUCCUUCCGCCAUGCUGAUGGAGUCGUUGAUGUAAAAGCCAAACCAGGAAAUGAGUCUGUGCAGACUAGUGCGGAGACCAACAAGAAGACAGUCCAUGCAAAAUACUGCAGCAGAUUUGUCCAUGCACCCUGGAAGGAUGGGAGCUUGGUCCACGUCUGCAUUACCAAAGAGAAGUGUACCUGGUACAAUGAGAGAAUCCACACAGUCCUUGCUCAGAUUCAGAAGAGGAUUAAGUGGCUGCAGGAUGGAAGUCAAAUCCUCUUUGGAAAAGUACGUAAUGAUUUUGUCUACGUCCUCAUUGAUACAUCUCACUCAAUGAAGAGCAAACUGGACUUGGUGAAGGACAAGAUCAUCCAGUUUAUACAGGAGCAGCUGAAAUAUAAAAGGAAAUUCAAUUUUGUACAGUUUGAUGCUCAAGCAGUUGCUUGGCGGGAAAAACUUGUUGAAAUCAAUGAAGAUAGUUUGAAAGGGGCUCAGUCCUGGAUUAGAAAUAUCAAGGUUGGAAGUUCCACAAACACCCUAAAUGCUCUGCAAAUUGCUUUCGCUGAUGAAGAAACACAAGUAAUCUACCUUUUGACAGAUGGGAGACCUGAUCAGCCACCUGAAAUGGUUGUAGACCAAGUCAAAGUUUUUCAGAAAAUUCCCAUUUACACCAUCUCCUUCAAUUACAAUGAUGAGAUUGCAAAUGGAUUUUUGAAAGAGCUUGCUUCUUUGACUGGAGGAGAGUUCCACCUUUAUAAUUUUGGCUGCAAGGAUCUGUAUCCUCCAGAGGCUAUUCAGAAUGAAGAUCUGACUCUUUUAAUUAAGGAAAUGGAGCAGGGACGAAGUGACCUGGAGAAGGUACAAAACCUUUAUUCGGAGUCCUUGAUCAUGGAUUGGUGGUACAAUGGGGAAAAGGAAGGAGACAGUAGGCAUCAAAAAGAAAUCUCUUCUAUGGUUUCAACUUCAGAAAAAUGUGCAAAACCUCACUCUGAUGUCGAAUCAGCACAAAUGUCAUCCCUAGAUACGUUGAAAUUACCAGAGGACUUUUCAAAUCAAAAGAUUCCGAAAAGGAAAGUCCUCCACGCAGAAUCAACCAAAACCAGCCUGCUCAGAAGCCAGAUGUCCACCCACAAGAGCUCAGCUUGCAGUGAGAGGACGUAUGACCUUUCUAGUUUCAGCAGCUGGAACACUCCAGGUGACAGAGAAAUGAGUGUCCUGUUGAUAAAUGAGUAUCCAGAUGGCAUAUCAUUAGAAAGAUUGAGUCAAGAAGAAAGCCAGGUUCAUGGCCAAGAUUCUUCAAGUAUGUCUCCCGAAAACUGGCUCAAAACUCAUGGCUUGGUUGCCAAGAAACUCACCAUCAUGGAUGCCUUGUCACUGACAGCCGUCCCUCACACCCCCACCUACAUUCCCAUUCUGGACAAGUAUGUUGUUUCCAAGGUCUUUGAUGAGGUGUUCCCUCUGGCACAUGUGUGCAAUGACACAAAUAAGAUGAUGUUAAUUAACCCCCAAGGAGUCAAGCUCAAUAUCUACAAGCAAAAAGUGGAACAGGCAAUUAAGAGCUAUGAAAAGCGCUUGAAUAAAAUUGUUUGGCAAGCGUUAUCUCAAGAGGAAAAAGAAAAGUUAGAUGCAUACAAGCCAAUGCGGUACUUGGAAAACAAGGCAGCUUUAAAUGGGGCAUUAGAACGGUUGAAUUGGCCCAUUUCACUGAAGGAGCUGUCAAUGCUGGAAAAUGAAAUCCUAGCUGGGAAAAUGUAUAUCCAACAGGCCAUGGAACUCCAGGAGGCUGCCAAGAAGGAGAAUUAUGUGAACAAGAGAGGAGAGCAACAGAAAUCUCCAGGAAAUCCAACAAAUAAAAUCAAAUCAAAAAAAUUGGAUCCUCUCAAAGGCCAGAAAGUUAUUGCAAGAUGUGAUGAAAAUGGCUUUUAUUUUCCAGGGGUUGUGAAGAAGUGUGUGAGCCCCACCCAUGCACUGGUGGGCUUCAGGUAUGGAGACACCAAGGUUGUGCCGACCUCAUUCAUCACGCCUGUCGGGGGUGCCAUGCCCUGCCCGCUGCUCCAGGUUGGAGAUUAUGUCUUUGCCAAAAUUGUGAUACCCAACGGAUUUGACUUCUAUGUCCCUGCCAUUGUCAUAGCACUUCCGAAUCAGGAUAUGGCCGAAGAUAAAUUCUACACAGUUUUGAAGUGUAACAACCGGAGAGAAUUUUGCCCUCGGAGUGCACUUAUUAAGAUCAGCCAGAACAAGUAUGCUCUCUCUUGCUCUCAUAUAAAAUCACCCCCAAUUCAGGAGGAUCCAAAAGUGGAGGAUGUGAAGACAAAGAAUUCUACUUUCUUAAUAUGGCCACUCAAAGAAACUGACACUGGGGAUUUACAAGAGCUAAGACCGGAGAACCCUAGAAAGAAGAAAAAGAAACCUUCCAAGAGGUUGCCUCUCCAGGAAACGGUGUCCUCAGAAUCUGAUGACUCUUAUGGCAUCAGGUCCCAAGAGUCCUACCCCAAGAAACACCCCAAGCCCAAGAAUGCUGACAUCCACUUCCCCAGAGAAGGUCCUCGGCCCAGGAUCUGGGAGUCAGCCAGCCACACCAUCGCUGCCAUACCUCCACCUCAAGCAGCCCUGCCUUUCCUCCGAGCCACCCACAGCAGCAAAGGGCUGAGGACCACUGCUGAGAAACCUUAA